AUGAAAUUCCUUUUAUUACUAGCACUAACCUUUUUCGUUAUUUCAACAGAACAAAUUCCAGAGGUUGAUGGAAUAUUGCAAUUAAGCCGUAGAAAUUUCUAGUAAGCUUUGGACGAACAUCCAAGAUUAUUGGUCAAAUUUUACAUUGACACCUGUGGAUACUGCUAAAAAAUGAAACCAGUGUUCAUCUAAUUGGCUUAAAGAUUAAAGGAGUACGGAUUCGUAUUAGGAGAAGUUAAUGUCUAAGAUAGUAAAUCCUUGGCAACUAAAUAUGGUGCCAAUGCUUAUCCCACAAUGAAGAUGUUUAGGAAUGGUCUGGUAAAUGACUUUCCAAAUUCUUCAGAUUCUUUAGAAAUACUAUUUGAAUUCGCUUUGUAGCAUGCUUACGAUCCUAUUACAAAACUAUAUAAUUAAGAAGAGAUUGAUUUGUUCUUAAAAAGAUCAAAUAUUGCAGUUCUGAAAUAUGUAUUCAAUUAGGAUGACUUAUCCACUUUGAGUUUGGAUCAUGUAUAGGUUAAAUUUGGGAUAGUAGAGAAUGCCGCGUUAAGCUAAAAUCACCCUCACAAAUACACAUUGAUAAACAAGGACCUUGAGAAGCCACUUCAUUAUAAUGGGGAACUAGACGGCUUAUCAGAGUUCAUUUCAACAAAAGGUUAUCCACUGGUAUUCUCCUUGAAUGAGGAGGAAUUCAUGAAGGUAGAAAAUGAUAAGAUUCCUUUGGUUGGAAUUGCAGGAUAAAAAAAUGGAGUUCUCUACAAAAGACUUAAAUACAUUGCUGAGUCAUAUGCUAAUUCGGUUAGAUUUGUGAUAAUAGACCCAAGUCUUGAAUUGUGCAAUAGAAGAUUUGAAUAUUUGAUUAAACAAAGUCCUGUCGCUUAAAAGACAAUCUAUUACUAUGAUUACGAUACAAAGACAACAACCACUGCAACAUUUAAUGAUGAUUCAGUUGGAACAUUAAAGAGGGCUAUUGAAACUUUAAUAGAAGAGGUAAAAGCACCAAAAAGAGAAGCAGAGAGACUAGCUAAUUUAAUAAGAGGUGAUGGAUAAGUACAUAAAUUGACAAAAGAGAAUUUCAAAGAAUAAGUAUUUGAAAAUCAUAGACACGUUUUCGUUAAAUUCUAUGCUCCAUGGUGUGGUCAUUGUUAGACUUUGGCACCCACUUUUGAGAAAUUGGCCAAAGAAUUAAAUAGAGAUGAUAUCGUAAUUGCUGAAGUAGAUCAUACAGAAAAUCAGUUUGAUGAUAUUCCCAUUGAAGGAUAUCCUACUUUAUAUCUAUUUAAAUAAGAAGGUGACACCAAGACAAGGAAAGAGUAUGAGGGAGAUAGGUCUUUCUAAGGGAUGAAAUCAUUCUUAGAAAGAAAUUUGGGUAAAUUUGAGAGUGCAGAGAAGAAGUAGCCUGAAUUCAGUGAGAUAAAGAGUGAUGGCACAGUUAUAGAAUUAACAAGCGAGAACUUUGAUCAUGUUGUUUUGAAUAGCAAAUAAGAUGUAUUAGUGAAGUUCUUUGCUCCUUGGUGUGGACAUUGCAAAGCUAUGGCAGAGUCAUAUAAAACACUUGCUUAGAAUUUGAAAGACAAUUAGAAUGUACUCAUUGCUGAAAUGGAUUGGACUAAUCAUUAGACAAGUGCUGUUGAUAUCAAGGGAUUCCCUACUUUGAUAUUCUUUAAGAAAGGACAAGAUAAGCCAGAGCAAAUAAAGUAUUAAUCAGAAAGAACAGCUGAAGCAUUGGCUAAGUUCAUAGAAAAUAACAGUAGUGCUGUAAGGAAGGAAGAUUUGUGA